UUCCCUCACUAGUCAUUAUUUUGAUUAUGAUGACUUUGAAAACUGUAAUUUAGAUUCAAGUGUUAUUUGACAAGUUCAAAUGGUUGUCAAAUCUUAAACAAAAUGGCGUUUGGAGGUUCAUCUAUUUACAAGGGAUCUGACCUGAUUCAUGACUACAGUUGUUCCAAGUGUGACGACAAUGACUUUAACACUGAAGCACAGCACUUCUGUCCAGAGUGUGAACACUAUCUGUGUGAUAAGUGUGUGAGGAUACAUGGCGAGUAUUUCAAGAAGCAUGCUGUGUAUGGGCGUGGAGACAUCAAGAAGUGGGCAGGGUUCUCCAUGGACAGAUGUGACCAACAUGGCAACAAGCUGGAGGUCCACUGUGAUGACCAUAAAAACUGUGUUGCCAUGUAUGCGUGUCACUCAACCACCGACUUUGUAGCAGCAUUCGUCAUUUGCCUGAACUGGCCAGAGGAUUCCUGAAAACAGCAGAGUUCAAGCAGCUGCCAACAGCAAUGGACAAGAUGUUGAGCAGGCUGAAUGAGCUCAAGAAUGGCAAGAUGGAAGACCAAGCCUCGCUGAAGGUCUCAUACAAGAACAUCUUGGUUGAAAUCAAAGCUCUGCGUAAGAAGUUAAACCAAAUCUUAGACAAGCUUGAGCAGAAAACAGUGGAGCAAUUAGAUAGCAUGAUGAAAGAUUUAGAGAAAACGUUAAAAGAUGACAUUAAAACUUGUGCUCACAUGAAUGAGUUACUGAAGACCAUGAUGGACAAGUGCAGGCAGAUAAUUGGAAAAAA